CGCGAAGCGAGCUGGGGCAGGGGGCGGGGGUCGUGGCGUGGGGGAGAGGGGAAGGGGAGGCGUCUGCGCAUCCCGCCUUCGGGUACCCCCUCCCCCCACCGCGGCCACCCGCGAGCCCCGGCACAGGUUUGGACUUCGCAAAAAAGUUCUCCCACAGUGACCACGGCUGCGCUUGCUAAUGUGACGUAUGUCAGCAUCCUGUUUCUCCACUGCGCUGGUGGGCCCGGCUGACUGGCCUCACCGUUCAUCCAUGCCGCCCUUGGCAGGACCCGAGGGCCCGUGGCAGCCAUGCCUCCCCCUGCGCCAGCCGCUCUCUCCGCCUCCUGCUGACCUGCACGUGGUGGGUGCUCUGGGCACCCCCAGAGGACUGAUUAUCUGAGUAUCCGAGCCGUCUGCACGCUCCCAGUACCGAGUUUCCCCAAGAUGUUGCCUGAGUGGCUGGUGGCGUGGAGCUGGUCGCUGGAUGGCCUGAGAGACGGCGUCGCCACCGCCAUCCAGUCUGUGCGGGACUGCGGCAGCUCCGCCGUGCUCACUGUGGCCUGCCUCCUGGUCCUGUUCGUGUGGUACUGUUACCACGUGGGCCGCGAGCAGCCCAGGCCCUACGUCUCCGUCAACUCCCUCCUGCAGGGUGUCGAUGCCAGCGGGCUCCAGAACGGCUCUGUGUACUGCCAGUCCCCAGAGUGUGUGCGAUGCACGCACCAUGAGGGCCUCAACCAGAAACUCUACCACAACCUGCAGGACUAUGCCAAGCGGUACUCGUGGUCCGGCAUGGGCCGCAUCCACAAGGGCAUCCGAGAGCAGGGCCGCUACCUCAGCAGCCGGCCCUCCAUCCAGAAACCCGAGGUCUUCUUCCUGCCCGACCUGCCCACCACGCCCUACUUCUCCAGGGAGGCCCAGAAGCACGACGUGGAGCUGCUGGAACGGAACUUCCAGACCAUCCUCUGCGAGUUCGAGACUCUCUACAAGGCUUUCUCAAACUGCAGCCUCCCGCAAGGCUGGAAGGUGAACAGCACCCCGAGCGGGGAGUGGUUCACUUUUUACUUCAUCAACCAGGGCGUCUGUGUCCCCAGGAACUGCAGGAAGUGCCCACGGACGUACCGCUUGCUCGGCAGCCUUCGGACCUGUAUUGGGAACAAUGUUUUUGGGAAUGCCUGCAUCUCUGUGCUGAGCCCCGGGACAGUGAUCACGGAGCACUACGGGCCCACCAACAUCCGGAUCCGGUGCCACCUAGGUCUGAAGACUCCCAGUGGCUGUGAGCUGGUGGUCGGGGGUGAGCCCCAGUGCUGGGCAGAAGGGCGCUGCCUGCUCUUUGACGACUCCUUCCUGCACACCGCGUUCCAUGAAGGUUCAGCCGAAGAUGGCCCACGAGUGGUUUUCAUGGUGGACCUGUGGCAUCCCAACGUGGCAGCCGCCGAGCGGCAGGCCCUGGAUUUCAUCUUUGCUCCGGGACGAUGAGGACACUGCCCCUUGCUGGAGCUGGCAAGAGAGGGCCUGGACAGGCUGGGCUGACCGCGGGAUGGCCCAGACCUGCCCGUGAUGCGCCCCACAUGCGGAAACCUGCCCCCCCCAACUGGAAGCUGUCCGUGGGGUUUCUGUCACGGUGGGGCCCCGUUUCUUUCAGUUACUGGAAAUGGGAAAACUGCCAGUGUGUACUUCCUAGAUUUAUUUUUUUUUUCUUUCCAAUUAUUUGCUGAGACUCCUUUCUGGCUUAUUAGUGUGUUCCUUUGGCUGUGACCAGAGACAUCGUGUCCCCGUCAGGCUGUGCCACUUUGGUACCUGUUUGUGUUGUUUUUGUUGUUUGUGUUUUGUUUUGUUCCCCCUCCCCCCCCCCCCAGUGUUCUGAAAUAGAGUGACCAAAUGGUUCUUUUGUCUGUAUGAUGUCACACUGGUGGGCAUCUUCAGAUGAAAAUCAAUACUCCACAAGCCGCUGAGCCAGAGAACUUGGCCUCUGAUGCUGGGGGCCUGAAAAACCCUUCACCGCCUGGCAUAUGCAGCUGGGUUCUAAUUAGAACUGACCAAGACACUACCAAGGGGUGAUGCCCAAGUCAGGGCCUGGGGUAUAUCACCACUGUUGUCACCCAAAGUCUGUCAGGGCUGUAGUGGCAGGGACACCUGGCCGGAGGGACUGAGGAGUGAGGGCUUUUUCUUAAGCUUUAUCGUACGGAGCUGAAGCCAAAGGAGGCCCCCACGCCAGCCACAGAAAGGGCGAUUCUCAGCUCGCUCCCUUGAGAUGCUCUACUGCCGAGCCGCGUCUGGCCCCUAGUCACGCUGGCUGAACGUCCCCCGCCAGCCACGUUCCAGAGCGGCAUGUCUCUGGCAGACUGGGUCACAGAUCUGCCCAGUUGUCUAUUGUGCUUUUGAGUCCUGCCACCCAGGAGUUGUCAUUUGUUUCUCUGCACAUGUGUGUUCAAAUGCUGGACUCAGACCGCAGAAGCGUCCACCUUGUGUCUGCCACCCCAUGAUUCAUGGGGGUGUGAGGGCACGUGGGAGACAUAGAAACCCCGAGGUCCCACUUGGGGCUUUUUGGUUUCCUGUGAAGAUAUGGGUUUUCUUCCCAAAGUGAAAGGCCCAGAGGCCUGUGGGAGGCCCGAGUCUGGCCAGUGUGUGAGGGUGACAUCUCCCCGAUGCACCUUUGGGAGACACGGCUCAUCAUUGUGAGACUGCAGCGGAAUGGACACCCCGUCUCGUGGGCAGGUGGUGUCCUUUGUACCGGGAGGCACAGCCGUGAGGGUCAUCCACGCUGGAGGUAAAAAUCUCAGUCCCGGGCCAUCUCUGCACUCAGGAUCUCAACGAAGACAGCCAAGAUGCAUCGUGACCUUCCUGCUCCGUGUCCACAAAACAAACACCCCACCUGCCACCCACACUGGGGUGACAUGACUGGGGAACAGAAUAAAUAAAGGACCUUGCUGAAAA